UUAGCCGAUCACGUGAUCAGAACUUACGACGGGACGACAACAAAGCUGAAAAUGGCGGUUGUGGUAGUAAACGCGGAUCGGAACGUGCGUAAAUGAUAUCUCCAUAAAAUCUCAAGGUGAACGAGAUAGAACAGCUCGACUGAUUCACCAUGGAAAGCGACGACUCGGAAAGGCAGAAGAAACUGGAGGCAGGGAAGGAAAAGCUUAAGAUGUUCCAAAAGAAGAAAUCAGGUACAGGGACGAAGAAAAAGAAGAAAAAAGACAGGUCUUCGACAAGUGGCUCUGCGCAGAGUCCUUCGCCUCGAGGAGAACGAAGGCGUCGAAGCACCUCUCAAGAUCGCGGUACAAAGCUGCCGCAACCGGAGGCUGCAGUUGCCGCGGAGGAAAAAAUUCCCCCAAAAGAUGGCGAAGAUGUGGAAGUGGAGGAAAUAAGCCAAGCAGAUACAGACAGAGAUGCACCAUCCAUUGCCUCAGAAGUUGGCUCUCCGAUCCCUUUUGAUGCUGAACAAGAGCAGAACUCUCAAUCGGGAAGCUAUGUCAGUGGCAGCGAAUACACAAGCGGUGAAGAAUAUUCUGAGGAAGGUGGACUAGAUAGCUAUGACAUUGCCAAUAUUGAACGGAAUGAGCUGAAGAACAGAACCCAAGAACUUGAAGAGGAGCUGACAGCCAAGAAGGCAGCACUGAAACAGAUCAGCCGUGAAAAUGCCGACUUAAAGGGGAGACUAGAGCUGAUGUUACAGGAUCAGUCAGGAGGCUCCGUUAUCAAGGACCUCAGCAGGCAAGUGGAAGAAAUGAGGGAGAGUUUACAGAUGAAACAGUCGAUCCUUCAGGACAUAAACAAAGAAAAUCAAGAUCUCCGAUCUAAGUUGGAGCAAGGGGAUCAAAGCAAAGUGGCUCCUAGUAGUGGGCAGGUUGAGGAGUUGAUAGUUGAAUUAAAUGCUAAGCAACAGACUUUGGAUGAAUUAAACAAAAGAAACGAGCAUCUAGAGGCUGAAAAUGUGAACUUAAAAAAACAGCUGUCAAGCUCACAAGGUGAUGCUUUGCAGCCUGACUUUUCAGAGUUACAGAACUUGAAAGAGACCUUGGACGAGAAGGAGCAAGCAUUAAUGAAACUUCAAAGAGAAAACAGUGAGUUGCAAUUGAGACUGAAAUCAUCAGGUGCAGAUGAAGGCGGAAGUGCGAAGGCACAAGAAAGCAGUCACAAAGUGGAUGAGCUUUCAAAAAUGUUGUGGGAGAAAGAGAGUGAGAUUGGAAACCUGCAGCAUUUGAAAGCGCAACUUGAGGAGAGACUUGGAAGUUUGCAAAAUGUUCAAAAUGAGCUUGAAGAAAGUAGAAGGCAGGUGUCUAUGCUCGAAGCUCAGCUAGCGAAUCUGAGUGUACAGGAUCGGUCCAUGGAGGAGAAAUCUGAGAUGGAAAAUCUCAGAGAGAACCUUAGACUAAAGCAGGAAACAAUGGAACAACUAAACAAAGAGAAUGAAGAUCUUAAAGAGAGACUAAGCACUGUUGAGUCCACUGAUCUUAAGGAACUCCUGGAAGAAAGUUACAAGAAAUUACAGCACCUAAGCGAGGAGUCAGCUGCGAAAGAUGAACAGCUUGCAAAGCUGCUGCCUGUCCAGUCAGAAUUUGAGCAAAGUCAAGAAAAAACCAAAGAGCUUGAACAACAAAUUUCAUAUCUGAAGCAUCAACUAGCCUCGGCAGAAGACAACUCUCUUUCAGAAUCAUCCCAAAUGGAAAAUUUGAAAGAAAAUCUGAAAAUCAAACAGGAGACAGUUCAGCAACUUAGUGAGGAGAAUGAGGAACUACGAGCCAAGCUGGAGGACAUGGAAGAUGGAAAUAAGCUUCAAGAAGACAUGAGGGCUAAAGUUGAAGAGCUUACAAGAGAAUUGGACUAUAAAAGAGAAGAGCUAAGUAAAUUUAAUGAGUUACAAAGUGAAUGUGAAACAAGCAAAGCAAGAUCUGCAGAACUUGAACAAGAGGUCUUGAGACUUCAGCGUGAAGUGGAGGCAUUGGAAGACAACUCACAGUCAGAGUCAUCUCUAAUGGAAAACUUGAAAGAAAAUUUAAAAAUCAAACAACAAACAAUGGAACAACUUGGCAAAGAUUAUGAAGCAAUGCAAGAGCAGCUGACAGAGAGCCAGGGAAGCUUGGCGCAGAUGUCAGAGCAGCUAAUGAAUAAGCAGAACGAGUUGGACACUGUGCUGAGAGAGCGGGACACGAAGCUUAUGCAAGUGAUGGAUCAAUUUGCCGAGAAGGAGGAGGAACUUGAGGACUUAAGGAAGAACAAUGAGCAGAUGACAUCUCAACUAAAACAGUUGGAAAAUGAUGUUUCCAUUUAUCGCACUCAGUCUGAAGAACUUGCAGAACGGCUGAGUGGGUCCCAGGACCGCUUGUCAGAGCUCCAAGGAGCAGUGGAGAGCAGGGACGAGACUGUGCGAGAGUUGAUGCAGAAGCUAGCAGAAGGUGACCAUGAACAGAGAAGCAUCAAACAAGAGACUGAGCAACAAACGGUGGAGUUGACUAAACAGAUUAAGAUUCUUCAGGACCAGUUACUGGAGAGCGAUAGCAGCUUGAAAACCCAACAAUCUGAAAUGGACAAAGCUUCCAAAGAACUGCUAGAUACCAGAUCUCUGAUACAAGAUCUACAGAAAGAAGUAUCAGAGAAAGACAAUGUAAUUAUUGAACUGUACGGCCUGAAAGAAAAAGACGAGGAGAGCUACAAGAUUCAAAUAGACCAACUAAACCAGGAGUUGCAAGAAAAACGUAGAACAGUUGAUCAUGCCAAUCAGGAGCUGCAAGACAAGAAUGGAACACUUGAUCAGCUGAAUGGUGAACUUGCUGGUCUUAGAAGUGAAAUGGAAGGAUACAAGAACAGGGUAAUGGAAUCAGAAGAAAAUCUUCGCGAAGUCCAGAGGUUGAACGCUAGCAAGGUUGAAAAGCUUCAGACUGAACACGAGGAAGAGUUACAAGCGGUAAAUGCAAAACACGUGGGUGAGUUAGAGAAUCUAAAACUGUUGAUGAACAAGCAGAUGGAAGAGACGGGACAAGAGGUAGAUAAAACGAGACAGGAUCAACUAGAAAAGUUGAAACAGCUCUACGAGAGCGAGGUUAAUGUCCUGAAGGAGACUUUAGACAAACAGAUCACGUUGAACGGUGAUUUAGAACAACAGAUGGAGAAGAUGAAGGAAGAGUUCGACAAUGACUUGGCACAAGCGAGAGAAAACAUUACUAAAAAAGAUGCAAGUUUAGAAGAGCUUAAAGAACAGCUAGAGGAGCUAAACUCUUCAAGUGCGAGUGAAAUCAGCGAGUUGAGAAACGAGUUGAAGAAAAAAGAAAAGGAAAUUGCCGAGCUUGAGGAUAACCUGUCAAGUUUUGAAGAAGAACACACUAGUGAUGUGGCACAGUUUGAGCAGAACUUGCAAAAACAACAAGAACAAACAGCCGAGCUGGAGAAACAGUUGGUGUUAGAGCUGGGGAACGAAUCUGCAAAGUAUGAGCAAAAACUAGCCGAGAUGAAAGCGAAUCUGGAGUCGCAGUACAAGAAGGCAAUUCAAGAGCUGGUACAGAGAGUCAAAGACCUGGAGUCGGAGAACGAGAAUCUACAGGCUACACAUAGCCAAGAAAUGGAAGGCUUCAGAGAAAACCUUGCUCAGUACACGAGUAAUUUAGAGGAGCAGAUGCGAGAGUUGCAGUCAGGAACCAAGGCAGAACACGAGAGGGAACUGAAAGCGUUACGGGGUGAACACCUCGAGGCUACAAAAGAGCUGGAAAAGAAAGUGAGGACCUUGUCUAAGGAGAAAGAGGCUUUGGAGAUCGAAAUUAAAAGUCGUGGCGACGGACCGAAAGGCGAAGAUUCCGAAGAGCAGAGUGAAGUGUUGGCGAAGUUAAAGGAAGACUAUGAAGGACAGGUUCAAACUUUGAAGGAACAAGCGCAGAGUGAAAGAGAGAGGCUGGAGAAAGAAGUAGCCGAGGUCGCCAGUACAAAAGAUAAGGAGUUCAUGGGAGUGUUCGAGGAAGUCCUCGAGAAACACCAGCAUGAAAUCGCGGAGUUGAAGAGUUACUACGAGCAACAGCUGUCAGAAUCUGGCGGAGGACGACCAGCCAGUGGAGACGAGGAUCCGACAGCUAUCGCCGCUCAGUUGAAGCUGGAGAAAGAGAGGGAGAUAUCACAACUGAAGAAAAAACUGUUGCAAGAGAGCGAAGAGAGGAUUGCAUCGGUGCAAGAAGCCCUGCUGUACAAAAUGGCGAAGGAAGAAGAAGAAAACAUGCGUUUGAGAAACAAGCUAGUUAGCUUGAAAGAGGACCUUUCUGAGGUAACUAGCGAGAGAGAUAGGCUCCUGAAUGAGAUCCAGGUGCUCACAGACACUCACAGGGUGCUGGAACAAAGGAUGGUCCCUGUAGAGCCAAGCCUUACUCCUGUCUUGAGUCAGGUCGUGCACGAAGAGCCGCUACUGAUGCAAGAGUCGGUAGAUACGCUGGAGGUUUUACCGGGUGCUAGUUUUUCUGAAGGUGCAACAACAGAGCAGUCUGAUCUGGCAACCAAGCUCGACCAGAUGCAAGAGUUAGUCCGACAGAAAAACAAAGUCGAGCUUAAACUUAGCCAGCAACUACAGGACAUCAAGAAAGAACUCGAGAAGGAAAGAGAAACCUUCAGAGCAGAGUUGAACGAACGCGAAUCUCGCGAACGCGCCCUGGAAGUCAGCAAACGACAACUCGAGACGCAGCUGACCGAGGUCGAUAGGGAGAACUACGAGUCUAUACAGGAACUUGGCCUACUGCAGGAGAGAUUACAGGAGAGGAUCCGGGUGGAGGGCGAGCUGAGAGAGGAGAAGAGCAAGCUGUUGAACGUGAUCAAGGAGAAGGAGGGUGAGCUAGCCAAAGAGAGGAGCGAGUUGACGGACAGACUGCAACAACACGAGCAAGUCAUAGAGGAUUUACGUGACAGAAUCUCCACCUCGGACUCAGUCUCGGAUGACGUGCAGGACGCGUUCGGUCGUCAGUUACUCGUGUUACAGAGUCAACGAGAUUCCCUUCUGCAGCAGCUUGAGCAGCAGAAGAAAGACCGCAGCUCUUACGUGGAUGUACUGGAAGAGAAGAACGCCCUGGAGGAUAGUUUAAGACUUGAGCGUGAACGGUUGGCCGAAAAACUGCGCCAAAAAGAAGUUCUGGAAAGGGAGCUAAACCGUGAGAGAGCUGCUCUUCAGGGACAGCUGAUCAAGCAGGCUAAACUGAACGAGAUCAUCCGACAAAAGGACUUGUUUGAAAAAGAACUCAGAAAGGAAAAGAACGAACUUCAGGGUGAACUGGAGUUGAUCGAGUCCAAACUACUGGACAAAGAAGAGCUACUCUUACACGAGAAAGAACGCCUUGAGGAGGAGAUGAGACAAAAAGAACAACAAAUCCAAGAAUGGGAGCACGAGUUCCACCAGAAGGAGAUGGAAUUCCUGACCAAAGAGGAAUUCAUCAAAGAACAAUACAACAAGAAUCUUCUGGAGACCCGCAGUGACUUAGAGAACCAGUACUCUGCCUCGAUGCAGCAGCUGCGGACAGAUUUGGACGAGGACUACCAGCAGCAGCUCAGGAGACUGGAAGCUAGCUUGAACGAUCAUUAUGGCGCCGAGAUUGGUCAACUCAAUUCUCGUCACCAGGAACAGAUAACACGAAUGAACGCCGAAUUUGAACAGAAGCUCUGGGAGCUCAAGAACGAGCUGGAAACGCAGCGACUGCAACAAGUAGGGACGAUGAAGAGCGUGUUGGAGAGACAGCAUUCGAAGGACAUGGUCGAACUCGAUGAUGUGCAUCAACAACACAUGGAUGGUUUGAGAGACGACCUUAAUAGCCGCCACCACGAAGUCAUGGGAGCUGUGAAAUCACAACUAGAGACUUCCCAUCAAGAGGACUUGAAUGACCUCACCGCCAGAUACCUGGCCGAGACUGCCAUCAAGGUCGAGACGACCCGUCUGGAGACUGAGCACGAGUGGCAAGAAAAAUUAAACGAAAUGAAAGAAAAACACGAACUUGAACUUCAGACAAUGGGCGAAAAGUUGUCACAAUUCGAAAAAGAGAUCGAUGAACUCAAGGAGAAACAUGAACACGAACUGAGCGAAAAAUUGUCUCAGCAACAGGAACAGUUUGAACAAAUGCGGGAAAAAGAGCUUCAAGAAAUGACAGAUAAACAUCGGGAAAACUUGGUUGAUGCGAUAGAAAAAGGCGAAAUGGUUGCAAGUGAAAAGCACCAAAGUGAUCUUAACGCUUUGCGAAAUAAACUCAUGGAAGAAUUCCGAGAAAAGAUUGAAGAACUUGAGCAAAAUCUCGACGAGCAACACGCUCAGGAGUUGGAGGAACUUCGCGACGAGCUCGAAAAGGAAAGAACAGAAGUUACUAAUGCAGCUUUGGAUGAUCUGGGAAAGAAACACGCUGAAGAAAUUGAGUUUAUUAGAAACGAGCAAGAACAACUGCUCGAACAGGCAGCAGAGACGAGAAGACGCUUGGAGAAAAUGCACGGAGAAGAAAUUCUAGAAAUAAACGAACAAGUGAAACGAGAACACGAGAAAUUGACGCGGAUGAGAGAAGACUUGGAAGCCUCGUACGGUGACAGUGCUAAACAGCAUGCGCAGCAGCUGGAAAGCUUGCGGGCGCAGCUGGAUAAACAGCGCGACGAAUUGAAAGCAAAGCAUUUAGCGGAGCUGGAGAACUUGAAAGCGGAGUUUCAGAAGCGGCUUGUUGAAAGCGAUCAGAAGCACGCUGAAGAGGUAGAGAGGCUGAGGUCUGGCUUGGAACAGGAGAAGAUGGAAAGAGAGCUGGAUCAUGUUCGGGAGCUUGAGAAAUUAGCUGAAGACAUGGAAAGAAGAUACAUCUCCAAGGAGCAGCAGCACGCUAGAGAAAUAGGAGAGCUUCAAACUGAGCUGCUUAAAGUGAAGACAGACAUGGACAAAAAACACUACAGCGAGCUGGAAAGCACUGUCAAAGACCUAGGCGGAAAGUACGAAGAAGAUCUCGGGAAGCUUGUGAAAGAGCUCCAAGAUAAACACGAACAAGAAAUUGAGAGUCUAAAACUCGAGUUUGAACAGACAAAAGAAAAAGAAGUAGAAACGUGUAAAAACGAGUUGACAGAACAAUUUGACGACGAGAUUCGCUCGCUGAAGUCACGCCAUGAGAUAGAACUCGAAGAUUUAAGAGGACAGUACCAAGAAGACAAAUUGAAAGAUUUUGCGAAGAUGAGCGCCAAGAUGGCUAUGCAAAAUGCACAGGCUUUAGAAAAGAUGCGGCUGAAACUGAGCGCCACACACGAGAAAGAAAUGGAGGAACUUAGAAUGGAAAGUCAAAAGGACUACGAAAGUACAGCGCUAAGACUGUCCGCUCAGGUCGAAUCCAUGGAAAUUGAACAUCGCAAGGCAUUACGGCAGUUAAAAAUAGACUUAACCGAGAAACAUCAGAAGGAAAUGGAAGAUUUACGGCAGGAGUUGAGCAACAAAGAGGAAGAGUUGUUAGAUCUUAGCGAAAGCCACGAGAAAGAAGUGGAGACUUUGAAACACAGACAAUAUAGUGAUUUGCUAGAUGAAGUGUCGAGUGUCAGAGCGGAGCUCGCUUUACAAGCCGUGCAGAAGGUAGAAGAAGCGAAGUUAGCGAUGGUGGAAGACAGUUCCAAAAAGGACGCUACUAUACAAGAAUACGAAGGAAAGAUUCACGAAAUCCUUGAGCAACACGAGAAACAGAUUGAAGACUUAAGCGAAGAAUACGAAUCGCAGCUAAAAGAACUGAAAGAAGAACUGGAACUUUCUAAGCAAUGGCUGACGUCGAAAGAUGGCAGCAGCGAGGAAGAGUUAUUUCAACAGUACGAGGGGAAACUUCAAGAUAUAAAACAACAUUAUGAAAAGGAAAUUGAAGGUUUAAGAGACGCUAAUAAAUGGCAUGGCCAUGACCAGGGAGAGAAUGAAAAGUACGUGUUGGAAGAGAUGGAAAGUUGCCGCAAAGAAAUCGACGAGUUGGGUGCUAGACUUGAAACCGAGAGAGAGCAAUUUAAAGACGUUUACGAAAACAUGAAAGUCUCACAAGGGGAGGAGCUUUCGUCUUUACGAAGCGAGCUGGAAGCUAAACAUCAGCGGGAGUUGAGCGAAAUGAAAGAACUUUUUGCCGAGAACGUUGAAGCGUUGAAGGAAGAACUACUUGUCGCUUCAGACGAAGCCAAAAUGCAGCUUUUCACAGAAGAACUCGAGAAGAAGCAUCAAGCAGAGCUUGACGCUCUGAGAGAACAGCUUACUACAGAACAUCAAAAUGAAAUGGAGAACUUUAAGGAGGAGAUGAGCGGAGAAGUUGAAGCACUCAGAGAGCAAAUGCUUGACUCUUCCGAGCAAGAAAAGUUCGAUGUUUUAAAAGAAAGUUUGCAGAAGGAACACGAAAACCAAAUGGAUGCUUUGAGAGAGCAGCUGGAAAAAGAAAACGAAGAGGAGAUUGGAAAGCUUAAAGAAGAUUUCGCAAAGGCUUUGGAAGCAGUGCAAGCAGAGGAAAAAGCGAGAGAGGAGAAGGCGCCAUACUCUGGAGAAGACUUCGCCGAGCAGCUCGAGGCGGUGAAGCGACAACUCGAAGCUGAGCACUUACAAGAAAUGGAAAAGCUCAAAGACGACAUGUUACAUGAAGUGAAAACUCUUCAGGAGCAAGUUCAGCUAGCCGCUGAUAGUGAAGUGGAAGCAACGAGGGUUCGUCUUCAGCAGGAAAUGGAAGGAAUAAAAGAAAACUUGGAGAAAGGGAUGGCUGAAGAAAAAUCACAUCUUGUAGCAGAACACCAAGCGGCCAAGGCGCAAGCCCAAAAGGAACAGGAAACCCAACAGCAGAGCGACCUCGACGCUCUGCAAAAGAAACACGAUGCAGAAAUGAAAGCUCUACAGAUGCGAUUCAACGAAGAACUGGCUGCCGAAAGAGUUAAGCUCGAAGAAGAGAAGGAGGCAGAUUUAGCUCGGUUACAAGAAGCACUCAGCGGCAGCCUCAGCGAACAACAGGAGUUGCAGUUACAAAUGUUGAAGGAGCAACAUGAUCGUGAACUCGAAGCCGUCCGAGAGGAACUGGUGCGAACUCACAUGGAAAAGUUCACCGAGAUGACGGCUCGGUUGGAGACUGAACACGAGGCGGACCUCGAACGAAUGAGAGAAUUUACCCGCGCGGAAAUGUCUCAAAAGUUCCAAACGGAACUGGAAGAAGCUAAAGAAGUAGCUCGCUACGAACUGGAACAAGAACAUUUAGAGAACCUUCGUCAACUCGAGGCCAGCCUGGGACAGAAACACGCGGAACAGCUGCGCGGAUUGGCUGAAUUACAGCAGAAGCACGUGGAGGAAAUUCACAUCCUCAAGGCUGGUCACGUGGCGGAAGUAGAACGUCUCAAGAGCGAAGUUGCGCAGGCGUACAACGAUCAGCUUUCCGCCGUUAGUCUAGACGCCGAGAGAGAGCUUUCGCAGAUCAAGGAAGAGCUCGAUGUGGCUCACAGCAAGGAGAUUGACGCGUUUAAGGACGCGCUUGAGAGAGAGAAAUCACGGGUGCUAGCGCUAGAAGCGGUGCAGGCAAGCAUGCAGACCGCGCACCGUGACAUCGUGCAACGCAUGCAGGAGGAGUUGGAACGUGUCAAAUCCGAUCUGGCCGCCGCGGAAGAGAAAGCUGCAAUGAUUGAAACCCAACAGGCCAAGAGUCUGGAAGAACUGGAGAGCCAGUUCCGGCAAGAGAUGGAGAAAUUGCAGGAAUUCGUGAAAAGUCAGGAGAAGGAAUUCGUGGCUGAAAUCGAAAGAACGAAGGACGAAAAUGAAAACCUGGUGAACAAGCUUCAAGAGAAGCAGUCGCUAUUGAAAGAGAUGGAAGCUGAGCAAGCUCGUCUUCAAAAUGAUCUCCAGCGCCAGUCAGAUAAUUACAACUUGAUUUUGACUCGGCGUGACAGGGAACAUCAAGAGGAGGAUAACCUGGCUACUAUGCUCCGCUCGGACCUGGAACGUUUGGCGGCAGAGAGAAAUGCGCUGCAACGAGCCAACGAACGCCUUCUAAAACUCCUUUCAGACGUCGUGAAACAAGCGGCCUCUACAGAAGAAACGAUCAAUAAACAGCUUGAAGACCUCAUACAAGAGACGAGCCAAAACGAGGAACAGCUUACACAAUGGCCCAUACAGGAAUUGGAAUCGGGGACGUUGCACGAGUCCCGGUUACCAACGGACUCAGUUCGUCGGCCCGAGGGGUCGAUUCCUCCUGGAUUAGUGACCUCAACACCUGCCGCAGGGCCCAGUGCGCCCACAUUAAACUUCGCUACGCCAGCAGGAGGUGCUGCUGCCGCUGACCUUUCCGAGUCGAGUGAUGCAACGCUGACAAGCAAGACCGACUUGUCACUGCUUAGUGAUGAAGGACUGGAACUGUCUCAGCGGCAGACGGACACUAUGUUCCAGGGCCCGAGCUUGGAUGAUCAAGCCGAGGAACUUAUUAUAGACUCGGGGGUCAGGUUGAGAUCUGCGGCCCAAAAAAUGCUCGAAGUUGUCGCUAUGAUGACAAAACAGUGGAAUCAAGCUCGCAACGCCCAGAAGGAGCUUCUCGAUGUCACAUCCCAACGAAACGAGGAACUCGGACAAGUCAUGGCAGCCCAGGAGGAAUUGAUGGCAAGACUGAAAGAGGAACUUGAAGAGAAGGAAAGGCUCGCAAAUGAGCUGAACAAAGCUAACGAGCAAAUGGAGGAAAUGACAGCCGAAAACGACCGGUUACAGCAGGAGCAAACAAAUAAUGACGCCUUGCAGAAGGAGAAGGAAGAACUGACCGAGAAAUGUGAGGAAAUGGGAAAGGAAAACGAAGACUUGAAAGCGAAAGUCGAGGCCGCCGAGAAAGAGAUACAAGAAGGCAGAUCACGUGAGCAGCAACUCGAGGAAGCCAAAAAAGUGCUUGUUUCUGAACUAGAAGCUCUACAAGAGGAAGCGAGACUUCGUUUGGCACAGGAAGUGGUUGAUAAGAAUUUCGAUGAAGAAGGACUCAAGAGGGAGGUGAACAAAUUAAGGGAGGCAAGAGACGAACUGGUUGAGGAACUUGAAGCUCUGAAAGAAUCUGGUGACGAGCUCCUAGAGGAGAAUGAAACGUUGAAGUCCGCGGUGGAGCAUCUAGCGAACGCGAAAAAAGAUCUGGAAGACAAGUUGACGAAAAUGGAGGCACAGAAACUUGAUGAGCUCGACGGUCCGGAAGAACUGAAGUUCAAAUUAAAGGAACUGAACGAGGCCUGUGAUAAGCUUAAGGAAGAGAAUACGGGGCUGGUGAUACGGAUCGCUUCUUUAGAGAAAGAAGCUAACCGAUCGCAGAUGACUGGCUCCGAGGGUGAAGUCAUUGAGGAAAACGACCGAUUGAAGAAAGAAGUCGAGAAACUUCAUGGCGACGUUAGCGAGCUACAGGAGGAAAACGAGAAGCUAAAAGACGCCAUCGAACAAUUCCGGGACGCGGUGCAACACCUCUGGGACGAGAAAGAAGAGCUGAAGAUCGAGCUGUCCACGGCAAAGGGAGAAGACACGCUGGAGUUUGAUCAGAUGCAACAGAUGAAAGCGCAACUCAAAGAGCUGACGGAGCAGAACGAAGAACUAGCCGAGAAGCUUGAAAGCGCCGAACUGGAGAAAGAGAAGAAGCGAGAGCUACUGCAGAAGGCGCAGAUUCAUCUGGAGAAGAUUCCAGUGUUGGAAGCCGAGGCAAAGGAGCAGACUGAGCUUGUGAAUCAGCUUAAACAGGAGAAGGAGCGAGAUAGAGAAGAAAUCCAAAAGCUCCAAAGGGCAGCGUCCCUGCAGAUGGACGUUCCCUUGAUACAGGUAACCACUGUAGAAACUGUGGAGACAGGUAUACACGGAGAAGGGUUGUGGGGCGUUGAGGAAUCGACUGGAAGCGGAGUUUCCAAACAGGACGAUGAAGCUGUGCGAGAACUGCAAGCAAAAAUCACAGACCUUGAACAACAAGUUGACAACUACAAGAAGGCCUUAGAUGAAAGCAUCCAGGAACCAGAGGCGAACAAGCUCAUGGAGCUAGUAGAACAGGCUCGCUCCGAAAGGGAAGACUUGGCUAGUAAGUGCAAAGAGUUGGAGGGCAAACUCAGCGUCGACGAACAAUCGAAAGAAGAGAUGCAAGCUGCUAUCGAGGAGCUGGGAACGCGAUUGAAGGAACUGGAGCUAAGUAACAUCGAAUUGGAAAAGGAAUUAAGCGCGAAAACUCAAUCGGAGAUUGACUUGUUAGCACGGAUCAAAGAUCUACAAGAUGAACUGACCAAGACCCUGGAAGCUUUCAAGGAAGCGCAGGAGUUGAAGGACAAGUUGCACGAGGACCUGGAAACUAGUGAGGAGACGCAAAAGGACCUGGAGCGAGAAAAAGAAGCUAUGCAGAAACAACUUAACGAGAGCUUUCUUCAAAUCUCGGCGCUGAGGGAGCAGCUUAACCGAACCAAGCACGAGAAUGGAGCAGAACGCGACGAAACUCCGACACCAGUACGGAUGCUCCGAGACGAACGCGAAGCUUACGAUCGGAAAGACGAAGAGUCCCGAGCGCUGGCCGAGCAGUUGGACACCUUCAAAGAGGCUCUUGACAAGAAGGACGACGAACUGAAAAAUCUGGCCGAGCAAAUGGAGGAGAUGAGCCAGAUGAUGGAAGAACAACAGAAGCUACUAGAAGAUCAACAUGGCAAACUGAAGGAGCAAGAAAAUUUGAUAAAUGAACGCGAAGAUCGCAUGAAAGAGUUAGAAAAUCUUUUGCAGGAGAGCAAGAACGAGACAGCGGAGAAGGAAGAGUUUGACAAAGCGCUCAAAGGUAGUCAAGAUGCUUUAGUUCAACAGCAGAAGGUCAUUGAAGAGCUUGAAGGGAAGGUAAAGGAGAUGGAGCAGUUGAACUUUGCCAAUGAGGAAAAGCUGAAAGAGGCGGCAGACCAACUUGCUUCUAAAGAGGAGGAAACCAAAAGAAAGGACGAGGAGUUGGGUAUGAAAGGAGAAGAAAUGAAAGUGCUGCAGGACGAGUUGAGCCGAGAAAGGACUGAAAAAGAACAGCGAGAAACUGAGGCCGCGGCUCUUCUCGCCAAACAGUUGGAAACAAUGACUCAUGAAAGGAAUCAAGUUCAAGAGGACUUGAAAACGAAAGAACGUGAAAAAGAACAGAUUCGUAGAAACCUCCAGGCCGAGUCUCGCCAGUUGGCUGCGCUUCGAGCAGAAAGGGACCAAUUACGCGAGAGAUUCAAAUCCCAGGAGGACAGUCACGUGGCGGCCGUCGCUGACCUACAAAAGGCUCAUCGUGAUGAAGUGAACACUCUCAAGGCCGAAAUGAAAAACGUUCAGAGGGGGGUACCCACGGGGGCUGAGGAUGCCCUGAGUCCAACUCAACAGCUUGCUUUUGAGCAAAAACUAAAAAGCGUAGAGGAAAACCUCAAACGGCAAUACGAGAAUCAACUGGUUGCCGUGAAAGAGAACGAAGAGCAGAGACGCCAGAGAGAUGUGCAGCAAGUGAAGACCGAGUUAGAGAUGGAAAACAUGGCGAAGUUGAACAAUCUGCGACAAGAACUACACACAACACACAAUGACCAGGUCAACAGGAUGCGACAGGACCAUCAGCGAGAGAUACAACGACUGAUGACUAUAUCAGGUAUUGACUCUGCAUCUCCAGAGAUGCGCAUGCGCCUUAACUCGGCGCUGGAUGAGAACGAACGGCUAGACAAUGAACUUGUUGGUCAGCUGGUACGGCAGACUCGCGUCAAGUCAGCGGCUACCUCACCUCUGAAAUCUCAAAAUACAAUCGAGGGCCUUCUCAACAAUCUUCAUACCGAGGCCGAGACAAUCCAAUCACUCGUCAGUGCCGUGUCCACGCCACCUCAGGACCGCUCACUUGCAAGCCCAGAUGUAGCGACUCUUCAGUCGUCAUGGUCAGCGGAGAAGCAAGCAUUGCUUGAAGCUGUGCAAUCACUGAAGAAUCUCGUAGCGCAAACUCGAAAGGCAUCAACGCCUUCCAAACUUCAGGAGGAGGCAGACUGGCGGACAGAUUUGAUUAACGCCGUGAAGACGGUGUUCGAGAAAGACCGAGAUGUUCUUGUAGCCGAGCUGAGGACUUCUCAGCUUGCGAACGGGCAUGACUCCCCUGUGGCAGCACAGCUACGAGACCAAAUUCACACGCAGGAUGAACUCACAAGUCGUGUUACAGAACAGCUUCGUAAAAAAGACCGUGAUUCUUUGCUGGCUGAGAUCCAAGAACUGCGAAAGAUGUCCACGAUGAAACCGCUGAACGAUCAGAAGCAAGAUCUUGUUGAGCAGUUGCGCGGACAGCUUGAAGAAGCUACCAAACGAGAGAGAGAUUUCAGAACACAGUUGUUAGUUAAAGGUCAGCAGGCUGAACACGUGCAAAACGAUCUCAAAAACUCGCUAAAGAGAGAGCGCACUCUGGUGGCAGACUUGAAGGAGGCUUUGGCGAAAGAGAAAAGCCGGAUCACAGAUCUGGGCGCCGCCCUUGAGAAAGAAAGAGUGCAGGUCAUGUCCCUCAGAACAAGUCUUGAAGCAGAAAAAGUUCGUUUAUCGAACCAGACUCAAGCGUUGGAACUUGAACGAGCCAACACGAAGAAAUACCAAGAUGCUGUGGAAAGCGAACGUCACCGUGGUAAACAAGAAAACAACCGGCUUCUUGAGAGCAUGGAAGCUCUCCGCCGACAGCUAUCAGCCAAUAAACAAGAAAAAGCUGAGUUAGAGGUGCAGUUAGAGAGAGAAAGAAUCUCAUUGUCCAAUUUGGAGUCUGAGUUGGAGACCGAGAAAGCACUGCAAGGAGAGGCCUUGGAAAGAGAUCGUGAAACAAUCGAGGAAUUGUCCGCAGCCCUGAGAGACGAGAAAGCUCGAGCAGAACAUAUGCAGCUUGCGUUGACGAACGAAAGACGACAAACAGAGGCGCUAAAACACGCAAAAGAACGAGCAGAUCAACUUAGAAACGUGAAUAAAGAGCUGCAAGCGGCUUUGAAUGCUGCGAGAGAUCGCUCCGUGGAACUCAGCACUUCUCUAGAAGAUGAAAAGAACCGUAGCGCUUUCCUGGAAGUGUCGCUGGAAACAGAAAAGGACAAGAACGACGAGUCAGCCAAGACAGAGAAGAUAGUGGCGAAGCAGCUGAAGGCAGCUCUGGAUGUUGUACAGAAACAGUUAGUUGAACUGACGAGCACGUUAGAAGAAGAACGAGUCCGCGCGAGAAGACUGCAGAACGAACGAGACGUUCAACAAGCCACCGCCAUGAGUCACAAGGAAAGAGAACGCCAGCUACAGAGCGAGCUGGAGAGCGAGACAAAGAAACGAGCUCAGCUAGAACAUAGGCUUGGGAACGAAAGAGAAAAGAACGUCGCUCUGAACAGAGAAUUAACCGACAGGGACACAAAAUUAGGCAAGCUUCAACAAGACCUCGAUAAUCAAGCUGUGAAGCAGUCUGAAAAGGAGGCAUCAAUGUACCCACUCCGUAUGAGGCUGCUCCUUCAUCAACAACAACUGGAGUCCAUGAGGCAGCAACACCAGGUGUUGAUCAACAAACAUCAGAAUUCUGUGGACUCUGCUGCAACCAGGGGAAACAAAGAGUUGGAAGAAGUUAAAAUGUCACUUGGAAACCUGUUGAAAGAACUGGAGCAAAUCAGAGCGACACUCACUGUGCAUAUAGAUGACGGUCAGACCGUACCUCUGUCGCCGAUCAAAGCUGCUGCACAAGAGAGGAUCGUUCGUCAAAACACAGAGCUGGCAGAAUUUGUGAACAAGUUGAACGAAGAGAAAAAGGAAUUGAGGAACGCUUUAGCUAAUCUGGAGGAACAAAUCGCACAAUACAGGCAACGAGAGAGAGCAAACCAACAGAACUCACGUCAGACAAAGGAGCAUGUCGAGUCUGUACUGAACGCUGAACGUGAAAAGUGGGCUCAGGAAAAAGCUCGAUCCCAGCAGGCCUUGAGGUCAGCUGAAGCAGAGCUGGCUCGUCUCAGGGAAGAAGCCAGCAAAGACGCUGUUCCGCACAUACCAGUCAGCGGUCAUGAAUCAGACACGGAGGAGAUCACGUGGCCACGUGCUAAGAUUCUAAAGCUCUAUAAACGCUUCAUCAAGGCCGAAAGUUUCAGGAAAGCGCUUGUCUAUCAGAAGAGGUACCUUCUGCUGUUACUGGGCGGCUUCCAAGACUGCGAGUCAACAACUCUCGCAAUGAUUUCUCAGAUGGGUGCUUUUCCCGCUAACCCAGACCGCUCCUUCAGACGAACGGCUGUAAGCAGAUUUCGCACUGCUGCGCGCGCUGUCCUCGCCAUCCAGCGCAUGAACUUUUUGGUGAAGAAAUCAAAACGCGUUUCUAUCUCGGGAUCGCGCGACAAUACGAGUCGAUCGCGCGUUCUCAACGGUGAUGUCAACGGUCACGAACACACUGUUUACCAGGCUACCGCAAAUACGUACACACCUCGGUCGACUCAGGACAGGCCCAGCAAUGUUAGCGGUACCAAUGUUGUGCCAACGUUAAAUUUACAUGAGCCCAGUGCUGGUCCCAUGUACACGGAUAGAUACUCGCCAAGGAGUGACCGAAGAACUUACGAGAAAUAUCACACCGCUAUUAAUGGAGACACGGACUUUAGAAGUCGUUCCGUUAGACCUGCAACUGCUUCGUCGAGUGAGAGGUUCAGUCGACGAGAAGACAAACCUAUUGUUGACGAUCCUUUGUCGCAGCGAAGUCACGUUCCGUCUUCAAGUAGGUCACCUAGAACUUUCUCUCCAACAUCCUGGUCGGAUACUCGGACAACGUCGGUUCCACUCGCCCGAGAACCGACGGGUACCGAUUAUCCCCCGACUUUAAAAUCGCCACCCGUUCGGGACACUGGCACCACACGACGGGAAUACGGUGAUCGCGAUCGGUUUGAUCCAACACCUCGACACUCUUCGCCCUAUCGUCGGGAGCGAUCGAUUUCUCCCGACGGUUACCGUCAUAGCGGUCGGCCACUGUCACCAUCAGGGACAUCUUCAGUGGGAUCGGCUCACAAUGGAAGUGAAAGCGGUGAUCACUCACUGAAUUUGUACAUCCACAGACUGGAGUCUUUACAGAAUAGACUGGGAGCUUUUAAUAGAGGUGGCACGGCAAGUUCCUUUCCAAAAAGCAGACGAUAUUGAUGACAGUUUGAUAGAGUAUGAUUAUCCACUCACAGAAAAAGUCGAAUUCUUCAAGUUCAAUAAAGUAUUAAGAUAAUCACGAUAGUGGUGCUUCCUUCGUUCUGCAUUAGCUCCAGCAUAUGUUUCAAAACGUUUCUUCUUCCUUUCGAACUUUGCAUGCAGUCGCUACUACAACGCGCUUAAAGAUAAUCAUUAAAAGUAGACGCCAGGCUAACUUGUUGUUGAAUUAAAAGAAAACUUAUAAAUGAGUGCGGUUUUCAUUCGUUCGUCUUCGCCCUUAACUCAAAUGUUUGAGUUUUGCGUGCUAAUUUAAAGAGAAAUAUAGCAUAAAUGAAAACGUUUUAUAGAAAAACAAGAGAUUAUAACUUAGAGGUGGUGGAUUCAUGGAGCCGAAGUGAAUCUUCUAAAACCUAUUUUUAGAGCCUUGCUUAAGAGUCUGUUGUCGAUGAUUUUACAACAUGGUAACAUAGUGGGGACUUAGAGGAAAAACAAGUAAUGUGUUUUGAAAUCGUUGCUCACUAGAAUUUUUAUCUCUUGUGAAGGAAUGUAUUGUAACUUUGAUUUCGAAAUAGAUUUUAUGUGAUUCACUGCGGAACAGAAUAGGGAAAAUUGUUUCUCUGAAUCAGCCUCUCUUCAUAAAACUUAUUGGUAUAAGCUUGUUUGAUCGAAGUAUUUAUCGAAACAGAGAGAUAUUUAAUACUUUGACUUAUUUAUGUAGAAAUUUAUUAUAUACAUGUAUAGGAAAGUUAGGACAUAUUUUCUUCAGCUUUGUGCUUUUUUUUUUGUUUUUUUUGUUUAUAGUCAUGUUAUUUUUGUUACAUUUGAUAAAUUUUGUAGUGUAUACGAUAUUUUUGUACGCUAUUUGUAAGUCAUCCAGCGAUUUGUAAUCGACUUGUGAACAUUAAAUAAGGUGACAUCAACCAGAUAUAAAUAUAUAUAUGACAUGCUUUGAAAA